GGCGAACAUGUCAGUAGAAAAAGGUCGCAAAUUAAAAUUAGAAUUCACAUACAAAAUUUUAAUUUCACGCCUAUUCUACUGUUAAUUGGGUGUGUUUCAACAGUUUCACUCUUCGGCACCUAAAUGUAUGAAGGAGGGUAGUUGGAAAAUAAUCUAUACAAUAUGUACUUCCUACACAAAAAAGUUACAUAACCGUUGAGAAACCGACCCUGCAUCGUGCUUAUUUUGAACUCCUUUUUUAAAAUGGAUACUGUAGCAAGGUAUACAAAACAUAAUCUACAUAUUUUGAAAACCAUUGGAAAGGGCACUUAUGGAAAUGUAUUUUUAUGCGAAAGGCGUGAUAUUCAUUUAGCUACAAUAGUAAAAGAUAUACAAUUGGACAUAAAGAUACAAGAUCAUAAGAAAGACAUUGAAAAUGAAGUGGCUAUCCUAUCAGCUAUGAACCACCCCAAUAUAAUUAAAUUCUAUGAUUGCUAUUACACUGAUCAACAUGUUAUGAUAUCCAUGGAGUAUGCUACGGGUGGUAACCUGGCUGAAUGCAUGUAUCAUCGCUAUCCAAAAUUAAUUAAACAGCAGGAAAUAAUGUUCUUCUUGUCACAAAUCCUGCUUGGCGUCAACUACAUACAUAGUCUCAAUGUGAUCCACAGAGAUUUAAAAGCAGAUAACAUUCUCUUAACCGGCAAACAUGGCAUUUUGGUCAAAAUAGGUGACUUUGGUAUUUCGAAAAUGUUGGCUUCGGCUAAGAAAACCUCAACUGUGAUUGGUACUCCUUAUUAUUUGGCGCCAGAACUAUGUGAAGGAAAACCGUAUGAUACCAAAAGCGAUGUGUGGGCUUUAGGGUGUUUAUUGUAUGAAAUGUGCACUCAUAAAAGGCCUUUUGAAUCAGAGACUUUAGUCGGCCUAGUAAAAGCUAUAACGAGCGAAAGUGUACAUCCUAUAGACUUGACGAUGUACGACCGAGGUGUACAGGAUCUAAUCGACUCCAUGCUGUCAAUUCUACCAACCAAGCGGCCAACGGUAAAGAACUUAUUGGUCGACAGGUCAUUCUGCCCAUGGUGUAUACUGUGUUGUUAGAUGCGGGGAAUGAAGAGUUACUCUAUCAAGUUGCUAAGGAGUUCUGAUGUUUUUUAGUUUGACGCUAACGUUUUCGCUUGUCCGUAACUUUACUUUCUAUAGAUUUAGGUAUAUUUGUGUCAGCGAGAUAUAAACAAAGCCAAUUACGCGGAUGAAGCUGAAUUUAGACCUGCAAGUUUUGGACCCAACUAAUUUACUUUGCACAGCACAGAAUAACAUGCAAGUAUAAUUUCAGCUUUAGCGAAUAUAGAAGUGUCACACUCGUGGUAAGGACUAAGGACGUAGCUUUUUUAGCUGAUAUAUUAUAUUUAUAAUUAAAUCAAUGUAAUAUGACAUGAAAUGCGUGCUGGUUACGCUUAAACGAAUGAAUUAAUAUUUAAAGAAACAUGACUGUAUGAUAAAAUUAAGAAUUUUGAAAUAAAACGAUUUAAUGACUUUAAACUUGAUUUAUUAAAAAAUCGUUUCGCUAAUAA